CAAAUCCCUGAACACACAGACACACGCUCACUCACCCGCCACUACUAAGAGAGAGAGAGAGAAAGAGACAGAGAACAGAACGAGGUUUGUUGGCCAGUCACCACAGACGCUCGGGUCAGCUGUCUCUCCUGACCGUUGGAUCUCAUGAUUUACUGAUGAAUGGAGAAAGGCAGGGGACGGGAAGUGGCAGACGGCUAAAAAAGCUUCGGAUCAGUUCCUGGAAAUGCUGAGGCCUCGGAGACCAUACGGCUGGACGAACCGGCACUGACGACACAAGGGCGAGGUAAGCUGUCCAACUCGAAAGGGAAUCGAAAGGGAUCUUGAGAUCCUCAGAGGUUUUGUGGUUAGGGGACAUGAAGAAAAGCAACAGGGAUGAUCGCUCCCCUGACGGAAUUUUGAUAUGACACUGGCAGCAGUAACAUGUCAGCCUGCUUAAAGGGAUUCGCUCUGGGGCGGCUCUGAAUUCUCGACGCGGGAAGGUUUCUCAAGCAGCUCCGGCUGGUGUACACAGAGAUGGCUAUGGUGAGCGGGGGAUGGGCCAACCCCAACGGCAGCGCUAAUGGACUGAGUGAGAAAGGUUACCUGCGGGGGGAGGAGGAGGGAAGCUCGCCCCGGGCAGGGAACAGCGACGUGGAAGGUGGCGAGGAGGACAAGGCCUGCGUGGUGGACUGUGUGGUGUGUGGAGACAAAUCCAGCGGGAAGCACUAUGGUGUUUUCACCUGCGAAGGGUGCAAAAGUUUCUUUAAAAGGAGCAUCAGACGGAACCUCAACUACACCUGCAGGUCGAACAGAGAGUGUCAAAUUGAUCAGCACCACCGUAAUCAGUGUCAGUACUGCCGUUUGAAGAAAUGUUUCCGGGUCGGUAUGAGGAAAGAAGCGGUUCAGCGUGGUCGAAUUCCUCCCUCCCACGCAGGCAUCAGCCCAGCCUCCAUGGUUGGAGCAGGUGGUGAUGUUGGAGGAGGUCCGGGCAUGGGUGCUGAUUUCUUCAAUGGUCAGCCAGUGUCUGAACUCAUCUCUCAGCUGCUGAGAGCAGAGCCAUACCCCAACAGCCGCUAUGGAGCCCAAUGUGGCCAGCAGCUCCCAGGAGCCAACAGCUCAAUCAUGGGGAUUGACAAUAUAUGUGAGCUGGCAGCCCGACUGCUCUUCAGUACCAUAGAGUGGGCCCGGAAUAUCCCAUACUUUCCUGACCUGCCCGUGUCGGAGCAGGUGGCCCUUCUGAGGCUCAGCUGGAGUGAACUGUUCAUCCUGAAUGCAGCUCAAUCGGCUCUGCCACUGCACACGGCCCCCCUAUUAGCAGCUGCUGGUUUUCACUCCUCCCCCAUGCCCGCUGACCGCGUCGUUUCCUUCAUGGACCAGGUGCGGGUCUUCCAGGACCAGGUGGACAAGCUGGCACGACUGCAGGUGGAUUCUGCUGAAUACAGCUGUCUGAAAGCCAUCGCUCUGUUCUCACCAGACGCAUGUGGGCUGUCAGAUCCGGCGCACAUCGAGAGCCUGCAGGAGAAAGCACAGGUGGCCCUGACCGAGUACGAGCGCAUGCAGUAUCCGGGUCAGCCCCAGCGCUUCGGCCGACUCCUGUUGCGACUGCCUGCCCUGAGAGCCGUUCCCGCCAACCUCAUCUCUCAACUUUUCUUUAUGCGGCUGGUAGGCAAGACGCCAAUCGAGACGCUUAUCCGGGACAUGCAGCUCUCUGGAAGCUCCAUCAGCUGGCCAUACGCACCUGGACAGUAGAUGAACAAUCAGAGAACUUGUUCCCAUAUCCCAUCUCAGGCUGCUCCCGUGAUUCCACAGUAACUGUGUGGAUAGAUGUAGUGUUGCUGGUUUUGUUGAUUGUGUAUAUACUGUAUGACUAAAAGAGGGUGACACAUUAUGUUCCUAUGCAGUUAAAUUGAGCCAUCCAGUACCAGGAUACCUCAUGUUUCACAUCAUGAGCAUCAACAAAUUCUGUCAAAAACAUUUGACAAGAUGAAUGAUAAACCAAGGACUGAUUAUGAAGAAGUCAGCUGAUAUGUGACACAGAUCCAAAGCUUUAAAGAAGAGUUUGUAAUACCUUCUUUUUGAGAGCAUAGUGAACUAGUGUAGAUGUACAUUAAGAAUCUUUGUAACAGGCUGCAUAAAAAUGUUGGGAUAUAUACUUGAAAAAUCAAUGGUGAAAGUCAAUGGCUAUGUUUAGAAUGGAAUACUAACAUACUGCAAACUAGGGAUGUGCCCGAAGCUGAAUAUGUUCAGAAAGGAAAUUACAUUCUACAGAGCCCCUAACAUGGUGAUGGGAAAAAUUAGAUUUUAAUACUUUUGCAUUCCAUCUCAAUUAUAUUGUAUACUUAAUAUGCUAUCAAUAUGCAGGGUAUCGAAAAUCGCUUUUGAAUGUGUGCUCACUUUUUACUUUCAAAUUUGCCUUCACACAUACUCUAUGUAUAGGGAGCGGCGGUACUGACCACACAUUUUACAAGAUAAUUUGUCUGUCAAUGAUGCUCAGGAUCUGUUGCACACCAAAUCCUCUGACAUCGUCCUGGCAGUCAUCUCUCCUUACUAUCUUCACGUGAUAAGUAAAAUCAUGAUGUACCUACUGUAAUGUAACCAACUACUGCAGCAAGCCUACCCCCUUAAGGGGCUAUUUUUCCGUGCCUUUCUGAAUUCGGAUUUAGGCCUUGGGCACAUCUCUACUGCAAACUGCACACUACUGUAUACUGCUUUAUAUUGAAUACUAUGUGAAACAGUAUGAAAUAUGCAACCUUACAUGUUCCGAACAGUACUAUGCUACAUUUUUGUCACAUGACCUCAUCAUAUUGCAUGUUUAUCGUAUAAAUAUGAUACACUGCAUUGUGGGAUACAAUAUUCUGUGCAGUGUGUUCUGGUUGUGUACUGCAUAUGUUGGCAAAUGGCCAUCCAGGUAUUACACACUAUGCACACUAUACAUACUAGGCCUACUAAGAAAUAUUAAGAGUAGUAUGGUAGUAUGCUACUCCGAACAUAGACCAUGUCUUGUCCUUUUUAAACAGAUUUAGUGAGUUUUUCAUUGGGGUGGAAAAAUGGUACAAAGUUUUACAUUGCUGACUGUGGGAAGUAUCAAGUAUUUUUGCAUACUAAAAAAAUGAAUGAUAAAUAAAUAAGCUCUUACGUAAGAAGACCGUUGCAUUUUCAGAAGUGUAUUGAAAAACGUCAAAUAAACAAACUGCUAAAAAGAGA